UAUUUGUUGAUAUAUUUCAAACGAGAUUGGUUGUAAGGAAUUUCUGAAAAUUUCGUUGUCAAACUUCAAACUUGUCAUUCAAAGCAAAGGUCACCUUGGUGAAGUUGAAGUUCAUCUCUGACAGAUUCAAAUUCAAAAAGAUUUUGUAAUUCAGGUUUGGUGUCGGGGGAUAUUAAACCCUUCAGGAUGGAGGUGACGGCAACGCAAAGGUUUAUUGAGAGGGGGUCCCAUAAAGGGAAGGGGCUCGCAGUAUUUACGAGCGGAGGUGAUUCCCAGGGCAUGAAUGCUGCGGUGCGGUCAGUGGUUCGAAUGGGUAUUUACUUGGGAUGCAAAGUAUACUUCAUUCGCGAAGGUUAUCAGGGCAUGGUGGACGGAGGAGACAACAUUGAGGAAGCUAACUGGUCUUCUGUGAGCUCCAUUAUUCAUAAAGGAGGCACCAUUAUUGGUUCAGCCCGAUGCAUGGAUUUCAUCAAAAGAGAGGGUCGUCUGAAAGCCGCAUACAACCUUGUUACUCGAGGCAUUACAAAUCUGGUGGUCAUCGGAGGUGACGGAUCUCUGACUGGAGCUAACCUCUUCCGUCAGGAGUGGUCGAGCCUUCUUGAUGAACUGCUGGAAAAUAAUAAGAUCACCAAAGAUCAAAGAGAGAAAUACAAAUUCUUGCACAUUGCGGGAAUGGUUGGUUCCAUUGACAAUGAUUUCUGUGGUACGGACAUGACCAUAGGCACGGACUCAGCUCUGCACCGAAUUAUCGAGGCUAUUGACGCCAUCGUGAGCACGGCAUACUCGCAUCAAAGAACUUUCAUCAUGGAGGUCAUGGGUAGACACUGCGGAUAUCUUGCUGUGGUAACGGGAUUAGCGUCUGAAGCGGACUUUGUGUUUAUCCCCGAGUCGCCUCCAUCAGUUGACUGGAGCGCUAAACUAUGUGAUAAGUUAGAACAGGAAAGGAAAUCGGGCCAGCGGCUAAACAUCAUCAUAGUGGCGGAGGGAGCCAUCGACCGCGAGGGCAAGCCCAUCACCGCCGAACUCGUGAAGAAAGUGGUCGUGGACAACCUGCAGCAAGACACGCGCAUCACCGUGCUGGGUCACGUGCAGCGCGGAGGCUCGCCUUCGGCUUUCGACAGGAUUCUGGGUUGCCGCAUGGGUGCAGAGGCAGUGAUGGCGCUCAUGGAGGCCACCCCGGAUACUGAGCCGUGCGUGGUGACCCUGGACGGCAAUCAAGCUGUGCGCCUCCCCCUCAUGGAGUGCGUGCGACGCACUAAAGCGGUCGCGCAGGCCAUGGCAGACAAGAACUGGGACCUAGCGGUUCAGCUGCGUGGUCGCAGCUUCGCUCGCAAUCUGGAGACCUACAAGAUGCUGACGCGCCUGAAGCCUCCCAAGGAGGCCUUUGACGCCGAUGGGAAACCUUCCGAGGGCUACACACUGGCAGUGAUGCACGUGGGCGCGCCCGCGUGCGGUAUGAACGCGGCCGUGCGCUCCUUCGUGCGCAACUGCAUCUACCGCGGCGACACCGUGCUCGGCGUACACGAUGGCGUCGAGGGCUUCAUCAGCGGCAACAUCGUCAAGAUGGACUGGUCGGACGUAACGGGCUGGGUGGGGCAGGGCGGCGCGUUCCUGGGAACUAAACGCACGCUUCCCGGGGACAAGAAGGCGGAGAUGGCCGCUCGCAUCAAGCAGUUCAGCAUCCAGGGCUUGUUGAUUAUCGGUGGAUUUGAGGCGUACCAAGCAGGCUUGGAGCUAUACGAAUCCCGUCACCAAUUCGCCGAAUUCAACAUCCCCCUAGUGGUGAUCCCGUCAACCAUCAGCAACAACGUGCCCGGGACCGAUUUCUCAUUAGGAGCUGAUACAGCCCUUAACGAAAUCACUGAGAUUUGCGACCGCAUCCGUCAGUCCGCGCAGGGUACAAAACGCCGUGUGUUCGUCAUUGAAACCAUGGGUGGAUAUUGCGGCUAUUUAGCAACCUUAGCAGGUCUGGCCGGUGGCGCCGACGCUGCCUACAUCUACGAAGAAAAGUUCUCCAUCAAGGACUUGCAGCAAGACGUGUACCACAUGGCGUCUAAAAUGACGGGCGGCAUUCAGCGCGGUCUCAUUCUGCGUAAUGAGAAGGCUAACGACAAUUACAAUACUGACUUUAUCUACCGGCUCUAUUCGGAGGAGGGCAAGGGACUGUUCACAGCCAGGAGCAAUGUGUUGGGUCACAUGCAACAAGGCGGCUCCCCGACUCCGUUCGACCGCAACAUGGGCACCAAGAUGGCCGCCAAAUGCCUGCACUGGCUGGUGGAGACGCUGCAGCGCGGGCCCGCCCCCGCGGGCGGCGCCGACACGGCCUGCCUGCUCGGCGUCGUCAAGCGCCAGUACAAGUUCACGCCACUAGAGGAUCUCAAGGCUCAGACCAACUUUGCGCAAAGAGUACCAAAGCAGCAAUGGUGGAUGAAACUGCGUCCCCUGCUUCGUAUCUUGGCGAAGCACGACUCCACUUACGAAGAAGAAGGAAUGUACAUGACCGUUGAACAAGGAGAGAUUGACUCAGAAAGUAUCAUUUAAUUUAAUUUUAUCUCAAUGGGAUUCGUAAUUCGAAUUUUAAAGUUUAGAACUUAGCUGCCUUUGCUACACCAAUACUAACAGCUUUAGAGCCCGUUCACACGGCGUCAAGUUUUGUAAGAUCUACUAACUAUCGGAUCCUGUAAAACCGGAUAGUGUAUUCACAUGGCCGCCUGGUUCUGGGUCUGGUUUUUUGCAGGAUUCUUGAUCCGAGCUUGUGUGAAUGCAAGUAUUGAAAUACUGUUGCCACUGAAUCGGAUCCGGCAUUUUACUGAACGAUCGGACCGAUUUGUAGUCGCAAAAUCGGAUGACACAUUUUGCAGGAUCCGUUUUAUUGCCGGAUUCUGCAACCGUACGCUUGUGUCAACGCGUGCAUUGAAAUACUGUUGCCACUAAAUCGGAUCCUGCAAAGAAUCGUAUGUCUCCGUGUGAACGAGCUCUUACAUGUAGGUAGAUGUUAAACUGUAGCAGACACACAGUGAUUAGUUUGUGAUUAUUAUUUAUUUAUUUCAAUGAGAUUCACUAGCAAUUAAUAGGUAGAUGAAUUUUACAGAAGACACUAGUUAAUAAUGGGUGCAGUAUAAAAUUACGCAUUAAACGGGUUGAAUUUCAUUAAGAUGCUUUUUACCUUAAAAUGGUAUAUCAAUUUUAUUUUAAGUCUAAGUACAAAUGAUGAUUAAUAAUUAAAAAUAGUUAACGAGACAUAACCUAGACAAUUUUGAGCUGUGAAUUCAAACUACAAAUAUGAGGGCUGUGGAUUUGUGGGAGGACCGCGUAUUUUGCCGUUCAUUUUAUUGACUAUUUAUUACUAGCGCAAUUUAUUUAUUUUUAAACUGUUUAUUUUUGAUAUAGUACAAUAUUAUGUAAAAUUUUAUAAGCAUUAUUCUUAUAUCAAUUAUGCAUGUGAAUCUAUAAAACCUAUCAAACUAUUUCAAUUUAAGAAUCAAUUUUGUAAUUUUUAAUAUUCAGAAUCACAACUAAUCAAUACUUGAUGUUUAAACGAGCGUAGUAACUUAAGCUUUUAUUUGUAAUAGAAAAUAUAUAUUGAAAUUAAGUUUGCUAACAGUAUUUUUUGAAAUUGUAAGACGUAAUGUAUGUUCGUCGAUGAAUCGUUAUUAUUGUUAGAGAUUAUUUAUUAUAGCAGCUUAUAAAAUCAGAAAAACAGCAAAUUCGUGGCAAGCGAAUAUAAAUGUUGUUAAAUUAUGUUACAUUUUAUAAUAAAUGUUUUUGGCUCUC